CCCUUCAUGUGAAUAUAUAUACAGAGCCGGCUCUUCUACUAGCUAGUAUAUAUUACGAUCCCUCUUCUACUUCCAUUUGAUUGAUUGCGCAUUUUCACAUUGACGAUGCACCCCUCUCUUCUCCUCCUCCUCCUCCUCUGCUCUCUUGUUUGUUUCUUAGCUUUAGGGACCCUCUGCGCAGUCUCCGAUGCGCGCGCCUUCUUUAUCUUCGGCGAUUCCCUCGUCGACAACGGCAACAACAACUACUUGGCUACCACGGCGCGCGCCGAUGCCCCGCCUUAUGGGAUUGACUACCCUACCCACCGGCCGACGGGCCGAUUCUCCAAUGGGCUUAACAUCCCUGACAUUAUCAGCGAGUAUCUGGGAGCCGAAUCCACAUUGCCUUACUUGAGCCCUGAGCUUCAAGGCGAAAAACUACUCGUCGGUGCGAAUUUCGCUUCGGCAGGGAUCGGAAUCCUCAACGACACCGGAAUUCAAUUUGUAAACAUAAUUAGGAUUAGCAGGCAACUGCUAUACUUCGAGGAGUACCAGGAGCGGGUGAGUGCUCUCCUAGGUGAGGACCAGGCGAAGAAGCUAGUGAACCAGGCUCUCGUUCUCAUCACUCUCGGGGGUAAUGACUUUGUUAACAACUACUACUUGGUCCCCUACUCCGUGAGAUCUCGUGAAUUUGCGCUCCCGGACUAUGUCCAGUUUAUAAUAUUCGAGUACAAAAAAAUUCUCACGAGGCUCUACGAUUUGGGCGCGCGGCGAGUCAUCGUCACCGGGACAGGGCCGCUCGGGUGCGUGCCGGCGGAGCUGGCGGUUAGAAGCCGGGACGGCAGCUGCGCUGCGGAGCUGAUGAAAGCUGCAGAUCUGUUUAAUCCCCAGCUGGUGCACAUCGUAAGGGACCUCAACAGCCAGAUCGGAUCUGACGUCUUCACCGUCGCCAAUGCCCAGCGGAUGCACUUUGACUACAUUUCCAAUCCACAGGCCUACGGUAACUGCAUUAAACUACUUCUUCAGCAAAUUUUUAUCGCCUUAAAUGAUGGAGAACCCCCCGGCAGACAUUACCGAUUUCACAUCGUCCCAGCUGACUGACUAUACAUAUAUAUAACAUAAUAGUUCUCCAAUCCAUAUAGAAACAAACUCCAUAGCAUAUUAAGUGUGUUGCACUACAUAUGUACAAAAAUAUCGCUCAUUAGCAGCAUAAUACAUCCACGUCAAAUGAUUCGAUGGUAUUCUGUUGCUAACGACUAGCGACAAAUAUUACGUUCGUGCCUCUGUAAAAUCAUUUAUUUUCUUUCUCUCUAAAAGAAAGAAAAAGAAAAAGAAAAAAAAGUCAUCUAUUUGCAUACUUUAUAUAACUCAUACCCUAUAACAAUCUGAAUUUUUAUACAUCGGCCCUGUCACAACAAAUUAAACCUUUUAAAAAAGUUUCCACCGAUCUGACCCUUGUGAUAAUAACUUGUAGUUUAGGGGAUAUAUAUAUUGCCGAGAAAAUUUUAUGUAUGUGCAUCCGUAAAUUAUAUAUUUGCUUUCUCUCUCUCUCAAAAAAAAAAGGUUAAACUACAUAAAAAUUAUCUGAACUAUUGAUCAUUUUUAGUUGUCUACCCGAUCUUGCAAAAGUUUGAUUUUUACUGAUUUAGUUAGAAUAUGAAAUUUCAUGCAAUUCUCAAAA